GUUUGGCAGCUCCACUCGGUGUAGCUCGAAGCGGUGCGUCUAUCGGUUUCGGUCGGUGUCCGUCCCGGUUGAUGCUGUUUUGUUUUUUCCUGUUGCGGAACCAGCACCGUCUUUUUGACUCAUGACAUUUUAAAACCCGGCGCUGACACCCAAACGGCUGGAUGAGUGGGCCAACGUUCACCUCACCUCCUGCAGAGGUGGCUGAGAUCAACCGCAUCCACUAUGAGCUGGAGUACACGGAGGGCAUCAGCCAGCGCAUGCGGAUCCCUGACACCCUGAAAGUGGCCCCGGAGAACCAGGCGGGGUCCGUGGCGCUUCACCAACCGCUGCCCCCUCACACGGCUCUGAUGCAGGUUCCUGAAAGGAUUGUCGUUGCAGGUGACGACGGGGACCCUCGAUUCGCUCGUCCAAGAGACUUGGAUCUGAUCCAGUCCGUCCCUCCCGUGGACCUCCUGAGCAUGAAGGCCCCACCGCGGGUCCUCACGCUGUCAGAACAACCCCUGGACUCUCUUGAAACAGACCAAACUGCCAGCUCACAGAGCAACCCCAGCCACGCUGCCGCCUUUCAUGCUCGGUCUCGGAGGGAACGGAGCGCGAGUGAGAACAUGUCUGGCCGUCACAGCAGUCACAUCAGCAGAGGCGAACUAAGUGUAACUCCUUCCCCUUCUGCCCCCCCAGUCCGUUUGUGUCCUCCCCUCUGUUCCCCCGAAGACGCGAACAUUAACCUGUUCACGGCCGCCGGCUUCCUGUCCUACAUCCAGUCGACGACGCGGCGUGCUUACCAGCAGGUCCUUGAGGUCCUGGAUGACGGCCAGCGCAGGACACACCUGGACCUGGCCAUGGAUUUAAACCCUGAUGAGUCAGGCCUCGUAGACGCCUCCUCACUGCGACGGCAGAUUGUGAAGCUGAACCGACGUCUGCAGCUGCUGGAGGAAGAAAACAAAGAGCGCUCCAGGCGAGAGGUGAUCCUGUAUUCAGCCACCGUCGCGUUCUGGCUCAUUAACACCUGGAUCUGGUUCCGUCGCUAAAACGGGACAAAACUGAGUCUCCCAAAACACUGGAAGCCAAAGCAAUUCCUUGUUCAAGGCGUCAUCACCGAGUUACUGCAUGACUCUCUACUUACAUAUAAAGGGAACCCUGGAAGCUAAAGCUCUCAACAACAAACCUCCAGAUUUUGGCAGCAAAUUCUCUUUUGAGAUUUGACUUUUUUUAGUUUUCAAGUUUAGCACUGGCAGGAGAACAUCAUAAUCUUUAGUGCAUCUAGUCAAUGUUUCAAGACUUCGCUAUGGGUAGUAGGGCAGGCUGAUAUGGCCCAGUCCUGAUGGGUAGUGUUCUGUCAAAAGUGAUUCUGGUGAGCUGUAGCAGCAGCACUUGGACUAGGAGACUAGGAGUACGCUGAACUUAGCACUUAAAGAUUCACCUCACUGCUGUAUAAACUGGCAAACUACUGGUAAAACAAAGCACAAUAACUCUACAGCUGAAUGUUUUGCUCAGCAGCUAGCAUCAGCAGCUAGCAACAGCAGCGAUGAUCUGAGCUUUCAUAUGUUAGAUCCAACAA